ACUAAAUAUACAACUAUGUACCAAGAGGAUUUGGGGAGAAAAAGCAGAAAAAAAGAACACAAAAUAAUAAAAGACUUGCAAAGCUAAUGGAAGCAGUAAUUGUACUCAGGCAAUACAAAAAUAAACAAACCUACACAUCGUCCCCACCUUCAUACACCUUUUGAUUCAAAAGAAUGCAAAGAUAACGAAACAAAGAACACACAUUCAAGGACUGUGAUUCAUUGUAUUGAAAAGAUCAUCCCGAAUUUUAUGAUAUAACAUAAAAACUGGAGGAAAACUUGGUGUUCAUGUAUAACCCAACCCAAUGACCAAGAAACUGCAUCUCUAUGAAGGUGAGCAACUUGCCCCGGAUCUCACAGUUGGUCAUUGUCAGAGGCAGACUAAACUUAGCCCAGAGUUAUUUUCUCCCCAUAUCCUAUGACUACUAAUGUUAACUAGAAUCUGAAGUCUUGAGCAUCUUGCAAAUGGUGGUUCCUUUUUGUAAAGCCUCUAUGCAUUUCCCAACUUUUAGACACAUAAGGAGUGACGAAGAGUGCAGUCUUGGUAUAAUCUAAAAUAAGACCAAACCAAUCAGGCUGUCAGUAAUUUGGGAGACCAAAGAGCCGUAUAAAAGGUUAAUUAUAUCCCAGGUCCGACUCAAAGUUUUACAUUUUAAGACUUCCUUAUUUGUGAUCACAAACGUGUGUGUGUGUGUGGUUACUUAGAUUCCAAAUAUCAAUUGGAAAAUAAGUAGAAAGUAUCCUGGAGUAAAAAAACUGGUGGUUAUCACUUGGAGCCUUGAUUUAACAGAAAGACUUAAUUUGAAUUCUGGAGCAAUGAUGAUUCAGACUACUGAUGCUUAAGGGGACAGCCUAGACUGCAUCCCUGAAUCUGUUUAAAGCCUAUCAAACUUUAAUUUUUCUUUUCUCUCUCUCCCACUCUCUCUCUCUCAUUCUUUGUCUCCUUCCCCCACCUCUCUUUCUCAAUCUCUGAUAAUUUUAUGAAACAGACUUUACCCAAACCAAUACCUUAAGUAAGAAAUUUUGUGAAUAAUUGUUAAAAAUAAUACUAAUAAUGUUAUGGUACCAUGUGCCCAAAUCUAAUUGGCCUUUAUGUAUUUUUUUCCUAUAGGUAAAGUCACAGGGUGUUUUUCUCUUGUGAACUACCCAGAUUCCAUGGGAAAUAAUGUUACUGAAUUUAUCCUCACAGGUCUCUCCCAAAAUGAGCAAGUGCAGCAACUAUGCUUCUUUUUGUUUUUACUCUUUUAUAUGAUCCUCAUGACUGGAAAUUUUUUUAUUGUAAUGACUAUCCAAAGGAGCCCAAAUCUCAACUCUCCAAUGUACUUCUUCCUUAGCUUCCUAUCUUUUGUUGACAUCUGCUAUUCCUCUGUUACAGCCCCCAAGCUGAUUAUUGACUUCCAAGCCAAGGUCAAAAGGAUCUCCUUUGUUGGUUGUAUGGUACAGCUCUUUUGUGUCCAUCUUUUUGGUUGUACGGAGAUCUUUAUCCUCACAGUGAUGGCCUAUGACAGGUAUGUGGCCAUCUGUAAGCCUCUACGUUAUACAACCAUCAUGGACUGGAAGGUCUGCUCCAUACUGGUGCUGACUUGUUGGUUAGGAGGCUUUGUGCAUUCCUUUAUCCAGACCAUUCUCACUGUACAACUGCCUUUCUGUGGCCCCAACCUGAUUGACCACUACUUCUGUGAUGUCCACCCUUUACUGAAGCUGGCUUGUACAGACACAUAUGCAGUGGGGCUCAUUGUGGUGGCCAACAGUGGCAUGAUUUCACUGAGCUGCUUUGUCAUUCUUGUGGGCUCUUACACUGUCAUCUUGCUUUCCUUCAAGACCCGCUCAUCAGAGGGGAGGCACAAGGCCCUCUCCACAUGUGCUUCCCACAUCACUGUGGUGAUCUUGUUUUUUGUCCCCUGCCUCUUCAUCUACCUAAGGCCUUCCACCACUUUUACUGAGGACAAGAUGGUGGCUGUGUUUUACACCAUCAUCACACCCAUGUUGAACCCUAUGAUCUAUACCCUGAGAAACAUGGAGGUGAAAAAUGCCAUGAAGAGACUGUGGUUGGGCAGAAAUAGGAGAUACCCUGAUGUGAAGCUCAAUGGGGUUGGUACAGCCUGAGUCGUACCAGUUUCCAAAGAAGGUGCUGGGAAUAAGUCAGUGAUCAUCCCUUAAAUUUUAUCACACAAAGAAAUAGUAUAAUACAGCAUAAAGGGUCUUGGACUUGAAGUCUAAAUAUCUAGUUUGGAGGGCCUACUCUAUCAAUUACUAGUAGUUUGACUUUAGGCAAAAAGAUAUUCCCUUACAGGUGCCCUGGGUAAGUUAAAUGUUUGCACAGAGAAAUCUGAUGCCCAAACGCAGUCUGUUUCAUAACAUAUAGUACUGUUGCCUCUGGGCAAUAGCCUUUCAGUGAUGAGUUAUAUCAGGCAUGUAUAUUCUAAUAAAGCAAUGACACUAAAAACAAAUGCCACAAUGGAUUUCACUAUCCUUUUCCUCACCUGUUUCCUCAUUUUAAAAUGAGGAUAAAGCUACUUUUCCUACCACUUCCCAGGGUUAUACAGAGAAUUAAAACAGAUGGAAGUGGAGGUAAAAGCAUAUUGUCAAUGGUAAGGAGCUGCAUUUAUGGCAGUUAUUGUUGUUACCAUUACCUUGGCAACUCCAGACUUCUAGACAACUCUCACUUAAAGAAUUUGGUUUGGGAGAUCUCAUCAAGAUGGCAGUGUAGGCAGACUAAUCUCACCUCCUCCUAUAAACACAAUCAGGUUACAACUAUUCUUGGAAAAAUUACCCCGGAGAGAGAACUGAAAACUGGACAACAAGAACCCCCACAACAAGGGACAG